UGUCUUUUGUUUCCCAUGCUUGCUCUUCAAACAGCCGGGGACAGAUACGAUGUGCCCGUGGACUGUGAUGGGAGUACAUGAUAUGAAGCAUUUGUCCGAAAGAAUUAAAAAGCACGAGUGCACGAAGGCACACAUGACAAACACCUUUAAGCUAGCCAUGCUAGGCAAAGCUAACAUAGCCGCACAGCUAGAUCAAGGGUACAAGAUGUCGGUGAAAAAGCACAAUGAAGAAGUGGACACGAAUAGGCACGUCUUGUCUAAAAUAAUUGAUUGUGUGAAAUUUUGUGGGGGCUUUGACCUGGCUUUGCGUGGCCACGACGAGACUGACACAUCCGACAACCCCGGCGUUUUUCUGGGUUUAGUUAAUCUACUGGCCUCGUUAGAUAGCGUGUUGGAGGAUCACCUUAACACGGCUACGGUUUUCAAAGGCACCUCAAAGACGGUGCAAAAUGAACUUUUGGACUGCAUGUUAUCAGUUUGUAAAGACUACAUUCUGGAGGAAGUAAAAAAUGCCAGUUAUUUAGCUAUUCAGGCGGAUGAGACAACUGACAUUUCCACCCACUGCCAGUUAGUGCUUGUGCUACGCUACAUCGACCCGCAUAACAACGUCCAGGAGCGUUUUUUUGAGUUCAUUCCUCUUCAGAAUGCGAAUGCUGACACAGUUGCCACCGCGCUGAUGGAGAGGCUGGGCACUAUCCUCCCCGAUGGACAACAGGGCAAACUAAUCGCCCAAGCCUAUGACGGUGCAGCGGUGAUGAGGGGAGCUAAAGGUGGAGUUCAGCGGAAAGUGAAGGAUGUGUACAGUAGUGCGCACUACAUUCACUGCUAUGCGCAUCAGCUGAACCUAAUUAUGCAGCAGGCAACAUCCCACAUCCCCAAGAUAAGAACAUUUUUUUCAGACCUUGGUGGAUUUGCUGCAUUUUUCUCCAGGUCAUUCAAGCGAACUGCGAUCCUGGAUCAAGUGGUGGCACACAGACUUCCUGGCACUUCCACAACAAGAUGGAACUUUCACAGUCGUGCUGUUAACACUGUAUAUGAGCACAAGGAGAACAUCCUGAGGUGUUUCCAGACAAUCAGAGACUCAGGUGACUUUGAUCCCAUAACAGUGAGAGAAGCCGGGGGCUUUGUGCGAAUGAUGGAAGAUGAAGUUUUUUGCUUUUUCCUGACAUUGUUCCACAAGAUCAUGCCACAUGUAGACAUGCUGUUUAGCCAACUGCAGAAGAGGAACAUCGACUCUGUCUACAUCACAGGACUCAUCAAGAGGUUCACCAGCAGCAUACAAACAAUCAGGGACUCCAUUCCUUCUGGUGAAAGCAGUGGAUCUCAGCAGCUGCCCACAAAGAAACGGAGGGGACUUGGACAUGAAGAGCAACAGCUGUUGGCUAGAGAGGUAAGCAGUAAUAGGAACGUGUUCUAUGACUAAAAGCUC